UUGAAAUUACGCCUCAAGUGUUUCCAUGAAAUUGAACCUUUACACAGAUGACAGAUCUUCCAUCUUUUGUAAAAAAAAAAAAUCGCUCAUAGGUUAGCUGUCAAAAAUGUUGUAAAAAAUUUAAAUAAAUAUAAUAAUUAAAAAUACUGGUUUUUUAUUAUUAAUUAUUGUCAUUAAUUGUUGAUUAAUAAAUAAAUAUAUAAAUAAUGACGUCAAAAUCAGAUGUUACAUUGGAUCAUUUUUAUGUUUUUAAUGGAAAUUACUCUAAAAGAGAAGGCGAUGAAGAAAAAAAAAUAUUUUAUUAUUAUCCUGAGAAAAUAGACAUUGAUACUAAAAUUCGAAAUGUUGGAUUAAGUGAAGCAAUUAUUAAAUUUACAGAAUCAUUUAAUCCAGGGCAGACAUGUGAUUAUUGUAAUAAUCAUAAGACGAGACAAAUUUAUUAUCAACCAGAGCCAGAUUUCUGGAUGAUUAUGAUAAUCGGAGUUCCCUAUGUUGUAAAAAAUAAAGACGGUAUUGAUUAUACGGAGUAUCAACAUGACGAAGUGUCAAGUUCAGUAUGUCAAGCAAUACUCAAACAAGCUUACAUGAGAUUUAGGCUGUUUAUGGGAUCAUUUGAAACUAUAUUAAAUGAUCCUCAGUAUGGAUCAGUUACAUUACUCAGACAUAAAUUAGACUAUUUUUAUACUGGGUAUUUACCAUCUUUGAAGCUGAAUCAUCGUGAUAUACUUGAUAUUUAUCAAGGAUUACAAUUUUUACCAUUAGACAAAAUAACAUUUUUAAAGGUUCAAUGUUUUAUGAAUCUUAUUGAAGCAACGUUCCCUCAAAUUAAGUACACAGCAUUCCUUUAUAAUGAUCAAUUAGUAUGGAGCGGCUUAGAACCAGAAGAUAUGCAAGUGAUUUAUAAUUAUUUAAUAAGCAGUCUUUUACCAGAAUAUUUAGAAAAAGAAUUUCAUAGUGGAUCAAUGCCACGUAAUUCAGCCUCACCGUUUACAAGCUCACAUUAUGGAAAAUUUAUAACCGGAGCAUCCAGCAUCAAUGAAUCAAUUGGUAUUACAAAAUCACCAAAAGUAUUUAUAAAUUAUCCAAGUAAACCUACCUCAUUAUAUUUAGUUGUUUAUAGCGCCCUAAGUGCGACUUUAUGUUUAUUUGUCGACAGUACAAGUUUAUUAAUUGAUUAUUUAAAAAGUCUUGAUGCAUUCCUGGGUCCUCAAUUGACGACUCUAGUUAACACAGUAGCAGAGCAAUGUUCUAAGCACGUACCAGACGUCUCUGAUUCAACUCCGAAGUAUCUUUACUUCAAUAGACUAAAUUUGGCGUACAAAAGUACUAUUCAUCUUGACAAUAGAAGAUGUUCUAAUGUACUGACAACUCCAGAAGUAUUGAGAAUAAUUACGGAUAUAAAUAGUGAUACAAAUCGACUGAAAGAAGAUGGCGAAACGAUUAUUAAAACUAUGAGUGAUUAUUGGGUUGUUGGUAAAUUAUCCAAUUUACGUGAAUUUUAUGUUGUGAUACAGCAAAAAAAUGCAAAUAUUAUUGAAAUCGAUGAUGAAGUUAAACGACUGUGCGAUAAGCAAUUAAAAAGUAUAUUCUUUCAUUAACAAUAAUAAAAAAAUUAUAUCUAGAAUUAAAAAAAUAUUUAAUAAAAAAUAUUAAUUAUUACUAUUAAAUUUUUAUACAUUUUUCAUUAUUUUCUUUUUUUUCAUUUCUUGCUUUAUUUUUAUUUUAUUCUUUAAAUUUGCUGCACUCUUAUCGCUUAUUUUUUCUUUCUUUGCUUUCUUCUUCAUCUCAACCUUCUCUUCAACUUCCGCCUUUUCUUCAUCUUUAACAUUUUUCCUAGAAACUUUAUUGGAAAAUUUAUUUCUUUGUUUCUCACCUUUAUCAUUCUUUUCUUUUUUUAUUUCAAUUUCCGCCUCCAGCUCCAUUUCUUCACUUUCAUUUUUUACAUCUCCACCGUUCAGAAUUUUAUUUUUCUUUUUCUUCCCUUUAACUUUUUCAUUCUUCUUCGUCACUUGAACUUCCUGCUCAUCCACUUCCGUAUUUUUUUUUUUAUUUUUACUUUUCUUCCCUUCAAUCUUUACAUUCUUCUUCGUCACUUGAACUUCCUGCUCAUCCACUUCCGUAUCUUUUGUUUUAUUUUUACUUUUCUUCCCUUCAAUCUUUAUAUUCUUCUUCGUCACUUGAACUUUCUGCUCAUCCCCUUCCGUUUUUUUUGUUUUAUUUUUACUUUUCUUCCCCUCAACCUUUU